AUGUAUUCGACUCAUGCGCUCAUUUCUAGGGAGUUCGUGCAGAGAAGUGGUCAAGAGAGGGUCGAAGAGAAAAUUAAAUGUGUGAUGUUCAUAGGUGAAUUGGUAAAAUUUGGUGUUAUUCCCCGUGCUGAGGCGUUAUCGUGCCUUCGGCAAUUAGUUUACGAUUUUCGUGGUCAUUCUGUGGAUAUGGUUUGUGCUAUGAUUGAAACGGCUGGUUUCUACCUCUAUCGAAAUAGUGAUAGUCAUCCAAAGAUGAAAAUCAUCCUUGACGUAGUGCAAAAGAAGAAGGAACGAAUCAAAGACGUUCGUCAUGUGAUGCUGAUUGAUAAUGCUUUCUUCGCCUGUAUUCCACCAGCUGAUUCAGCAGCAGCAAGACGUGCUCAAGCCGAACCGCCAUUGAUGAUAUUCAUCCGGCAUCUUAUCGUUGAUAUUAACGAGCAUAAUGUGAACACGAAUAUCAAAUGCAUAAGAAGAUUGGCUUGGGACGAUGAAACCGUAGCUGGUUGGUGUCUCAAGUACCUUACCUCGCCAUGGUUGUUACCGUACGCGAAUCUCCUUCACUUGGCUAGUGCUGUCGCUGGACUCCAAGGUCUGACAUACUAUGACUGGAUUUCCACAUAUGUUAUCGAUGCAUGUCAGGAAAUGAUAAGGUAA